AUGGUUCUCCACAACCCCAACAACUGGCACUGGGUCAAUAAGGAUGCCUCCGGCUGGGCCAAGGAAUACCUGACCAAGAACCUUUGCUCGAUCUCUGCCGAGGAAGAUGGUGUCACUGCCAAGAUCUCCAAUGUACUGACCGUUGAUGGCGACGUAGAUGUCAGCCAGCGAAAGAACAAGGUCAUCACCUUGUUCGACGUCAAGGUCCGACUCGAGUAUGAAGGUAAGACCAAGGACGAGGAGUCUGUUAGCGGCACCAUCACGAUCCCCGAGGUAGCCCACGACACAGAGGAAGAUGAGUACGUUUUUGAAAUCGAUAUCCAUUCGGAAUCCUCUUCCAAGCAGCCCGUGAAAGACCUCGUUCGCUCCAAGGUUGUGCCGCAGCUGAGACAGCAGCUGGUCCAGCUUGCACCGGCCUUGAUCGCCGAGCACGGCAAGGAUCUUCAGCAUGCCCCUGGAGUCAACCCUUCCAGUGGCUUUGCUGCCCCUACCUACCACCCUCAGACGUCGAAACAGGCCCCUGCUCCCAAGCCCACCACCACCACCACUACCAAUAAAGUCUCCGUGAACACUACUACCGUCACUGCUUCGGAUGAGUUCCGUACCACUGCGGAGGAGCUGUACAACACCUUCACCGACCCUCAGCGCAUUGCCGCUUUCACCCGUGGCCCCCCUCGUCAGUUCGAUGGUGCCAAGGUGGGAGGGAAAUUCUCUAUCUUUGAUGGCAACGUCAACGGAGAAUUCUCUAAGCUGGAGGCCCCCGCUUUGAUUGAGCAGAAGUGGCGCCUGGCCCAGUGGCCCGAGGGACAUUUCAGCACCCUUGAAAUCAAGUUCGACCAGAACAACGCCGAUGGCGUUACCCAGAUGCGCGUGACUUGGACCGGCGUCCCCGUCGGCCAGGAGGACGUCACCAAGCAGAACUGGGAGAUGUACUACGUCCGCAGCAUCAAACAGACUUUUGGAUCGCGCUUGCUUUCUCGGAGACAGCUGCUGAUUUCUUUUGUUGUACUUGUUCUCGGUGUAGGUUUGGCACUAUUCUCUGAUAAAGUGCGCAAAUUUUUGGAAAUCUGA